AUGACCAGAUCUGACUGCUCUAAGAGGGGAGUCGUGUAAGUAUAGUAUUAAACAUGCACACACACACACACACACAAACAAACACACACACACACACACACUCGCACACACACACACACACACACACACACACACACACACACACUACACACAGGGAUGUUUACUCGGACAUUGUCUGCUUUCUUCCAGCUUGGUCACAAAAAAGAGCUACCACUUCUGUGCCAAUCCAGAUGAUCCUUCGAUUGAGAAGAUCAUGAAGUCCAUCGAUGACAGGAAAUUCAAGAAACCACUUCCUGGAAGAAGGCUAGUCUAAACAUGAGCAUGAGUAGUGUGUGUUAAACCUGGGUUAGGACACACUGGGGCGCUCCAAGACUGGAGUUGGACACACUGGGGCGCUCCAAGACUGGAGUUGGACACACUGGGGCGCUCCAAGACUGGAGUUGGACACACUGGGUCACUCCAAGACUGGAGUUGGACACUC